AUGAUUAUGGAAACUAUUCAAUUUGUUGACUUAUUGUAUCCAAAAAUGGAACAGCGAAGAGAUGUACAGAUACUGGAUAUCUCAGAAAGGAAUUUAACUGGUCAUCUAAACUUAGAAGGAUUCGAUAACCUUACUUAUCUUGAUUGCGGUUACAAUCAAAUUGAAAGCAUUGACACUAGCAAAUUAAAAAAUCUUACUUAUUUAGAUUGCUCAAAUAAUAAGUUGGAGCGUCUCGACACUAGCCCACUAAGCAAACUAAAAGUUCUAGCUAUUAGUUCUAACCAGAUUGAAUUCUUGGAUACCGAAAGCCUAUCUAAUUUAACUUAUUUGAAUGUUCAAGAAAACAAACUAAUUGCUUUGAUCACCAAUAACUUGAAAAAUCUGGCUUGUUUAAAUGUCUCUAAUGAUCCAAUUGAAUACUUAGAAACUAAAAACUUAUCUGAACUUGUUUAUCUUAGUGCAUUUUUAUGUGGACUUAAAAGUUUGGAUGUUUCUCCUUUAAUUAAUCUUAAUUAUCUUUACUGCCCUUUUAAUCAAAUACCGAUGCUUGAAAUCAAAAACUUGCCAAAACUUGCC